AUGGAAAUUUCAACAAGGUCCGGUUUCUUAGUUGCGCUUUUCCUUUGGUCGUCGUUGUUUCAGUUUGAUGGUAUUUUGGGAGAGGAUUUUCUGAGGUUUGUGCCUCUGGUGACCAAGGAGGGCAGGAGGACCAUCGUGUCCACCGAAUCCGGCAUGAUCACGGCCGUUGAUGUCUACGAAAGGUAUCAUGGGCCUUAUGGGCCUUAUCAUCUGCAGUUCAUCACGUUGGAUACUAGCUCUCUGCUUCUCCCUGUGAUUCUGCAUGCGGAUAUGGUGUUCUAUGUGCACUCAGGGAGGGGAACUAUAAAUUCGAUCACGGAGGAUGGCACGAAUCGCAUUGAUGUGAAGAGAGGAGACAUAUACAGACUUGAAGAGGGAAGUAUAUUCUAUGUGCGUAGCCAUCCCGAUUCAGCUAGAGAGAAGCUAAGGAUUCAUGCCAUUUUUAACACAAUUCUUGAUGAAAAUGCCUCGGGGGCUUUCGUUGGGGCUUACUCGAAUAUUAGCGACUUUAUCCGUGGUUUCGAUGAUGAGGUUCUCCAAAUGGCCUUUGGGGUAUCUGAGGAAGUUAUACAUGGGAUCAAAGCGGCUGAGAAGUCUCCACCAAUUGUGCAUUUUGAACCAAAGAAUGAGACAGAUGAAGUGGAUUGGAGGGAAGGGAUCUUUGAAGCCCUCAUAGGAGGAAGGCAUGCAAUUGGCAUUGUGAAUGCCAAGAAAAAGAAGGAACAGAAGACCAAGGCUCUCAAUCUCUUUGAAAGGAAAGCCGAUGUGGAGAAUUGCAAUGGAUGGAGCAUUGCAGUGACAAGCAAAGAAUUCAAACCUUUCAAGGGUUCCAAUAUCGGAGUGUUCUUGGUGAACUUGACUAAGGGUUCAAUGAUGGGGCCUCAUUGGAACCCCAAAGCAACAGAGAUCGCCAUAGUCACUCAUGGACAAGGAAUAGUGCAAGUUGUAUGUCCUGGCAAUCCAUCUGGUGUGAGCAAUGAAGCUCCCAAAUGCGAGAACACAAAGUUUAAGGUCAAUGAAGGGGAUGUAUUCAUUGUGCCGAGGUACCAUCCAAUGGCGCAAAUAUCAUUCAACAAUGACUCAUUCGUUUUUGUGGGAUUCAGCACGGUUGCUGGUCAGAACCAUCCUCAAUUUCUAGCGGGGAAGAGAUCGGUACUCCGUGUGCUCGAUAGGAAAAUCUUGGGGGUGUCCUUCAAUACUGCAAACACGACAAUUGAUCAGUUGUUGGAUUCACAGGUGGAGUCCGUGAUGUUUGAGUGCACUUCAUGUGCAGAGCAGUUGGAGAGGGAGAUAGAGGAGGAGAUGGAGAGGAAAAAGCAGGAGGAAGCAAGAAAGAGGGAGCAGGAGGAGGAAGCAAGAAAGAGGGAAGAGGAAGAGCAAAGGAAGAGGGAGGAAGAGGAGGCAAGGAAAGGGGAGGAGGAGCAAAGGAAAAGAGAGGAGGAAGAGGUGAGGAAGAGGGAAGAAGAGGAGGCAAGGAAGAGAGAGGAGGAAGAAAGAAGGAAGGAGGAGGAAGAAGAGCAAAGAAAGAGGGAGGAAGAGGAGGCAAGGAAAGGGGAGGAGGAGCAAAGGAAAAGAGAGGAGGAAGAGGUGAGGAAGAGGGAAGAAGAGGAGGCAAGGAAGAGAGAGGAGGAAAGAAAAAGAGAGGAAGAGGAGGCAAGAAAAAGAGAGGAGGAAGAGGCAAGAAAGAGGGAGGAAGAAGAGGCAAGGGCGAGAGAAGAGGAGGAGCGAAGAAAACGAGAGGAAGAGGAGGCUAGGAGAAGGGAGGAAGAGGAGCAAAGAAGAGAAGAGGAAGAGGAGCAAAGGAGAAGAGAGGAAGAAGAGGCAAGAAGAAGAGAGGAGGAAGAACAAAGAAGAAGAGAGGAGGAACAAGAGCGGAGGAGAGGGGAAGAGGAGACUAGGAGAGAGGAAGAAGAGGAGGAAGCUAGAAGAAAAGAAGAGGAGGGAAGAAGGAGAGAGGAAAAGGAGGAAGCUAGAAGACACGAAGAGGAGCAAGAGGAGGAGGCAAGGAGGAGAGAGGAAGAGGUAAGGAGACAAGAGGAGGCUAUAAGGAGAGAGGAAGAAGAAGACGAGUUGGAGGCAGAUGGCUAG